GGCUUGCUGUUCGAUAUAAAAGCAAAAAUCCCGUGCAAAAUCUUCACUGUAUUUCUACACGUCGUUCAGUAAGUUUAACUUACACUGUUCUACACGUCGUCAAUACACCGCAAUUAGAAACGUCUUUGAGAUGCCACGUGAAAGGGUUAGGCAUAGACAGCGAGGCCGGGAGAGGAACGAUAGUGUUCAAAGGCAGAAUGCCAGAGCGAAUCGCCAUGAUGACCAGCAACAGGAAAACCGCCCAAGGACGAGGGGUCAGAAACGUCAGGCGGAUGAAAUGGCUAGAGACGAGGUUCAGAACCCACAACCACACGACCUUGAGACAGGGGCAGACGAAUUAGAGACAGGGGGAAACAGACUCCUACAGGAUGAUGCCGAUAUAUGGAUAGUUGGGGAUUCGAUCCCGUUUUGGGCUGGCGAGCGGGCCAAAACAACAGGGAAGGCUAAUCUGCGUCUAGAUGGCAGGACGAUCGCCUGGUGGGGCGUGAGGGGUCUGCGAUGGAGUGGUUUUCGACGCACAGUCCAAAGCCAGGUGUUGCUGUCUCCUCCUCCUUCUACCAUUGUCAUACACUUAGGUGGGAAUGAUUUACAUGAUCUUUCUAUUAUAAAAAUAAAGAAGAGCAUUAGAUCCGAAAUACGGUACUUAAGAGAGGCCUUUCCUGACACCGUUCUAAUUUGGAUUGAUAUCCUACCGAGGAGAAUUUGGAGAGGGGAUUUUUCACCUAAAGUAAUAGAUGAAAAACGUAAGAGAGUAAACCGUUUCGGUCGUUCUCUUGUUACUAGGUCAGGCAAAAGUGACUGGGUUCUCCCUGAUAUAGAUGUAGAAACUAAUUUCUUUCGCACGGAUGGCGUCCAUCUGAACGAAGUUGGGUUAGAGUUUUACCUCGAUUACUUAAGAGAUGCUUUAUUAAAAAAUUUGUAAAUGUUAAUCUUCAGUCUGUUGAUUUUUGGGGGAUAAAUUUUUUGCA